AAAGUUGUCAAAGUGACGUAAAUGUAGCCAUUUGAACGAAGAUCCCCGUGUUUUUCAUUUCUCCCCACGUGAAGUUCAGUUGUUGUGAAAUACUUUGUAAUUACAAGUCUUAAUCAUGGCAGUCCGCGUCCAAUUCGAAAACAACAAUGAGGUAGGGGUGUUUAGCAAAUUGACAAAUUCUUAUUGCCUCGUCGCAAUCGGUGGAUCAGAGAAUUUCUACAGCGUGUUCGAGGCAGAAUUGUCGGAGACCAUUCCCGUGGUUCACAUAAGUGUAGCUGGGUGCAGGAUUAUCGGCCGCAUGACGGUUGGCAACAAAAAUGGACUUCUGGUUCCAUCGUCGACAACAGACACAGAAUUACAACAUAUCAGAAACAGUCUCCCGGAUGCUGUCAAAGUGCAGCGCGUGGAGGAGCGGCUCAGCGCUCUCGGGAACGUAAUCGCCUGCAACGACUACGUAGCUCUCGUGCACCCAGACCUAGACCGCGACACAGAAGAAAUACUGGCGGACACACUAGAUGUCGAGGUGUUCCGACAAACUGUAGCAGGAAACGUAUUGGUGGGGUCGUACGCUGCGCUCAGUAAUCGCGGCGGGCUUGUGCACCCUAAAACCACAAUCCAAGACCAGGAUGAGCUGUCAUCUCUCCUGCAAGUGCCCCUAGUGGCGGGCACGGUGAACAGAGGCAGUGACGUCAUUGGCGCGGGUAUGGUCGUCAAUGACUGGUGUGCGUUCUGUGGAGUGGACACCACAUCAACAGAAAUCUCAGUUAUAGAAAGUGUGUUCAAGCUGAACGAUGCCAAGCCCACAGCCAUCACGUCAACAAUGCGAGCGUCGCUCAUUGACAGCAUGUCAUAAUAUCAAGCAAUGUGUGGAGCAGACUGUUUGUGAUAUUAUUUGUGUGGCCCAAUACAUGCAGUGCACAGAAAACAAAAUUAAAGUAACUACUCUGUUGAGCAGAUUUCAUACAAACCAAUGAGUCUUGAAUAUUGUUUAUGUUUCAUUUGUAAACAUAAGGAAAUAAAUUGUGAAUAUUA